AUGGAGAAAGGAAAACUCAUUGCGACACCUCAGCGAACAUGGCCCUGGAGAAACAUCGUGUGGACGGUAGUAGCCGCAGGGAUAGUGGGCCUGGUGGGGUUCAGUAAAUCGCCUAUCCCGACUCCACGCUGGGCAUGUCGGGACGAUCAAAUCCAAGACUUGCCCUAUGGAUUAUUCCCACAAGAGAACGACCCAUUCCAGUUUCUCCCCUGCACAAAUACAAGUCAUCUGCCACCACUGGACGACCCGACUCCACGACAAUCAUGGGCCGCCCUCUUCGACCCCAACCCAGAGCAUUGGAGCUGGGGGAGCACAGGCCGAGGCAUCUACCUGUGUGGAUACUUAGAUCUCCCACUCGAUUAUCACAACUCUUCAGACCCUCGUAUCGUCCGCAUUGCAGUUACCAAAUUCCAGGUCGCUGGUCUGGCUCAUAAGAACGAUCCCAGUAUUUCAACCAAGAGCUACAAGAGCGAGCGCACUAUCGUCAUAAACCCAGGAGGCCCAGGAGGGAGCGGGACAUCUUUCCUUUGGGAGACUGCGGAGGAGACGACCAACCGCUUCAGUGACGGCCAAUUUGAUGUGCUAGGGUGGGAUCCCCGCGGUGUGAAUUCCUCACUCCCCGCCGCGUCCUGUUUCCCUCGAUAUGGGUUCCGGGACCGAUGGUCACUCCUAGCACACCAAUAUCGCGAGGAGGCCCCAAAGUCCCAACUAGAGGCUGCGGAUGCCAUGAACAACGCCACAUUCUUUGCCUGCCAGCAGCGACUGGGAGAUUUCGGUCGCUUCGUCAGCACCGCAUCGGUGGCACGCGAUCUAGAUGAGAUCCGAAAAGCACUCAACGAGGAAGAACUCACCGGAUAUCUAGUUAGCUAUGGUACAGGUAUUGGCCAGACAUAUGUCAACAUGUUCCCCACCCGAGCGGGGCGUUUGAUUCUCGAUGGAACGGAAUAUGUCAAGGACCAUCGUCUCCUAGGCGGCUUUGGCUGGACUUCUCUCGACAACACGACAGAUGCAUGGCGCGACGGGUUCUUAGGGGAGUGUAUUAACGCCGGUCCGAAGUGGUGUGCAUUGGCCAAUCCUCUUCCUGGCCAGAACGGGCCCGUCACACUCGCACAGUUGGAAACGCGUAUGACCCAGCUACUUGAGUCGCUCAAAGCUCGCCCACAAUCCGCAUACUCGGAAUCAGUCGGUCCUUCUUUGGUCACGUACUCAGCGCUCGUGGAUAGAGCUCUCUACCCGGCUAUGUACAAGCCAACGGAUUGGCCGAGAACCGCACAAAUGCUCUAUGAACUCGAAGCAGGAAAUGCGACUCUGGCAGCCAACUCCAUAGAUCUCAUAUGGAACGACCGUUCUGAGAAGCCAUCGUAUCAUGUCCUAUCUUCCAGCGAGCUCGAUCUUCUCGUGAUCUGCGCCGAUUCAUACGAUGCGCCUCUCCCAGACGGACUCGAAUGGUGGGACCAGUUGUGGGAGAAUAUGUCUACCCAGAGCUGGAUAGCUGGAAACUCCCGCUUUUUCGCAAUUCUACCUUGUCGAUAUUAUAAUACCUAUUGGGACCCUCCUUCGGAGGUGUAUCGUGGCGAUCUCAACCAUACUCUCAAGACUCCUGCCCUGCUUAUCGCUUCCCCAUAUGACCCUGCAACACCGUUGCGGAAUGGAAGAAGACUGCUAGCGGAGAUGGGUGACAAUGCCCGGUUGAUCGUUCAUCAUGCUUAUGGGCAUAGCUCGAGACGUGACAGCUCGGACUGCACGGAUCGAGUUGCUAAGGCUUAUAUUUUACACGGGACCCUUCCUACGGAACAGGAAAUCCAGUGUUAUGCGAAUCACAAGCCUUAUGUUCGAGGUCUUGCCGGCAACGAAUGA